AUGGAAGACUACUCAAACAUCAAGUCAAGGGGAGUACAGAUGUUCUACAUCCAGCUCGUAUUCCUGAUAGUUGCAGGCCUCUUCGUCCUGCUCAGGGUCUAUGUCAGGACUGUGUUGGUCAAGAAACUCAUAUACCUUGUGUAUGGUGCUGUUGCUCUCGAUGGCAUUCGAAACGGCGCCACUGGAAAGUCCCUCGCCGAGCUCGAGAUAGACGAUGCAGCUGUCUCACUGCGGGCUUGGUACAUCUGCGAAGUUCUCUAUGCUCCCACGACCUUGGCCAUUCGCGCGUCAGUCUGUGUCUUGCUCCUCCGUCUCGCCUCGAACAAGAUUCACCGUUGGAUCAUCUGGAUCAAUCUUGCCGUCGUUAGCGUCGUCUCCAUCGCCUUCUUCUUCCUACUGGUCUUCCAGUGUAGCCCCGUACAUUUCUUCUGGCGCCAGCUAUAUGGAAUUCAGGGCACCUGCAUCGAUCAUAACAUCGUGCCAUACGCAACCAUUGCUCACAGUGUCAUCUCGGCUUUGUCUGACUGGUGCCUGGGACUGCUACCUAUUGCGUUGCUUUGGAACGUAGAUAUCAACAGAAGAACGAAGGUCAUCAUUGCGAUUCUCCUGAGCAUGGGCAUGGUUGCUGGAAUUGCCCUCAUUGUCCGCAUUCCUUUUGUACGCCACUUGGACAUUUCCAUGGAGUUUCUAUAUGCGACAAUUGACGUAGCCAUUUGGUCCAUCAUGGAACCUGCCCUUGGCAUCAUCGCAGCUUGUACAGCUACCUUCCGUCCUCUUUUCAAGAAUUGGGGUUUUGGAUGGACAAGUAAGCGAGACCCUCGCGACGACAAUAUCCACAGCCGUGACCAGAAGGGCACGGAGCUUUCGUCGACCACUCACACGGUAUCCAAGCACCUGAGCCAGCUUGGACCCAGCGGCGAGUCACAGAUGGAGCUCAAUGUUGUCUCAAUACCCAGCUCGCCGCGGGAUAUCGAGAGUGGGCAAAUCCGUGUUAGGUCUCCAUCACCGACAUACCGAGCGUACAGUCCUGAUGGGCCGAGGGACAGUGGAGAGGGGCAUCCUGAUAUGCCGGCACCACCGGCAGCGCGGAGGUAG